AGAAAAGAAAAAAAAGCUCGCAUCGCCAAACAGCACCCACCUCUGUCAAAAUCUUGAAACAGUGGACGGAAUCGAAUUGAAACCACUCUUGGGAUUGAAAUGAAUGGUGCUUCCUCGUCCGGUGGUAUAAGAGGUGCUUUAUCCUAUUGUGUGCAGCAAGUACGACGUUAUGAUUAUCACCACUACCUAUGCCUUCUUGAACUUCCAGCAAACAUGCGGAAGGCUGCAUUUGCACUCCGAGCUUUUAAUGUCGAGACAUCCCGAGCUAUGGAUGUUGCAUCUGAUCCCAAAAUUGGUCUUAUGCGCUUGCUGUGGUGGCAAGAAGCUUUGGACAAGAUCUAUUCAAACAAGGUAAUUGAGCAUCCAGUAGCUCAGGCCCUCACUUCUGUGGUAUCUGAACACAAGGUUAGCAAAAGUUGGCUGAAACGAGCUGUGGAAGCCCGAAUAAAUGAUGCGAAUAGAGAAAAUAAUGAUAUUCCACAAACUGUUGAAGAAUUGGAGCGAUAUGCUGAGGACACAACAUCAACUAUUCUGUACUCUACACUUCAAGCAGGUGGUAUUAAAUCCACAGCAGCAGACCAUGCUGCUUCACAUAUUGGUAAGGCAAGUGGACUCCUUUUGUUGCUUAAAUCACUGCCAUACCAUGCUAGUCGAAACCAUCAGUUUUCAUAUAUACCAGCCAAGGUGGCUGAGAAACAUGGAUUGUUGGUUCACCAAAGUGGUCAGUCAGAGAUCAAAAAGGACUCGCGUGAGGCCCUUUGUGAUGCAGUUUUUGAAAUGGCAUCUGUAGCUAAUGCACAUCUGCAGAAGGCUCGACAAUUGGCCGAAAGUGUGCCAGCUGGAGCUCGUCCUGUGCUUUUGCCUGCCAUGCCUGCCCAAGUCAUUUUAGAUUCUUUGGCUCGGGUGCAGUUUGAUGUGUAUGAUCCACGGCUGGCACAAGGAAUCUUAGGGGCUCCUCCGUUGUUGUUUCAGUUGAAACUGAAAUGGUAUUCGUGGAGGGGAAAAUAUUGACAUUACCCAUUUUCAUUCCUUUAUAGAGUGUGUGUGUCGCUAACCACUGACUGACAUGAGUAAUUGAAUCCUUACAUGAAUAAAUUGAUGAUUCUUUGGUUGAUCC